CAAAUACCUCGCAACCUGUGCGUAGUAAAGUAACUAAGUUCCACUCAUACACGCUACACUAACACACAGAGUCACUUGCCGAAGCUAACGAGCACUUUACACGAGUUCGGAGUCUUGCGAGUGAUUCUCAGAACUAAUAAAAAGGACGAAUUUUGGCCAUAGUAUGUCAAAUAUCCUCGGCGCUGCAAACAUGAACGGAUCACCUAAUACAACCGAGACCACCCGUGUGGUUAAGAACAAGGGCAAGGAUGCCGAUCACAUGCGCGAACGCAGACGUGAGAGCAACAUAGCUCUACGCAAAAAUAAACGAGAGAAGGAGAUGCUGCAAAAACGACGCAACGUUCUGAGUGUGGUCGAAGAUGAAACCAGUAUCGAGAACGGACCGGCCCUGCCCUUAGACAACCUGGUGCAAAGUCUCAUGUCUGAAGACCUCGAGUCGCAGUACGCAGGCGCCCACGGCAUCCGAAAGAUCCUCUCCCGGGCCGAAAACCCUCCCAUCAAGGAUGUGUUACAGUACGCCGCAGUGGUACCACGCAUGAUCAGCUUUCUUUCCGAGUUGUACGACGGACACACAACCAUACAGUUGGAGGCGGCCUGGGCCCUGACCAACAUCGCGUCUGGUGACAAGAACCAGACACUCGCCGUGGUCAAGGCGGGGGCCGUGCCGAGUUUCGUUCGACUGCUCAACUCGCCGGCCGAGGAUGUGGCUGAGCAGGCUGUGUGGGCCUUGGGAAAUAUCGCUGGUGACUGCUCGCAGUACCGUGACUAUGUGCUGGAGUGUGGUGUGCUACGUCCAUUGCUGGCUCUGAUUGCCAAUACGCACAAGGUGGGCGUAACUCGCAACGCUACGUGGGCGCUGUCUAACCUGUGCCGCGGAAAGGACCCUCGCCCUAACUUUGUUGAGAUCGCCCCAGCCGUCCCCACCCUUGCCCGCCUGCUGUAUGGCGACGAUGAGGAAGUGCUUGGUGAUGCCACUUGGGCCCUGAGUUACAUCUGUGAUGGUGGCGACGACAAGAUCAGCGCCGUCAUCGACUCGGGUGCCGUGAGGCGUUUGGUGGAGCUUCUGAUGCACACCAAGGUCAGCGUCAAGACGCCUGCCCUGAGGUGUAUUGGUAAUAUCGUGACCGGUGCUGAGAAUCCCACGCAGGUGGUCAUCAAUUGCGGGGCACUCCCUAUGCUGUUGGCGCUGUUAGAUUACAACAAAGAGACUAUCAAGAAGGAGGCGUGCUGGACCAUCUCUAACAUCACGGCGGGCACACAGGCGCAGAUACAGGCCGUUAUCGAUGGCAAUGUUAUCCCACCCCUGCUAAGGACUCUCACCAAUUCUUCGGAACAGCGGACUCGCGACGAAGCUUGCUGGGCACUCGCUAAUUUGUGUAUGGGAGGAUCGGAUAGUCAACGCAAAUACCUUGUUGAGCAAGGAUUCCUAAAGCCCUUCUGCGAAAACCUCAACACGUCCGCACAGCUUUGUAGGGUUAUGCUGGAAUCAUUAAAGAUGGUUUGUGAGACUGGUCAGACAGAGGCCUUAAUUUCUGGACAAAAGAAUUUAUAUGCGCUCUACGUCGAAGAGGUGGGCGGAGUUGACAUCCUGGAGAGACUACAGGAACACGAGAAUUUAGAAAUCUACAACCUCGCGCACAAUCUGAUAAUGGACUAUUUCGCCGAGGAAGACGACAUAGAUGAGAACGUCGCGCCGCUGGCCGGAGAUGAUAGUUAUCAAUUUGGACAGGAUACCUCGCAACAAGGAAGCUUUAACUUUUAGUUGAGAUAUAAUAUUAAAAUACAUGUGGUGAUGA